GGGAGAGAUGGCUGGCGUCGCGCACCGUUGCAUUUCUUCGCGACCUUUGUCUUCUUCUUCUUCUUCUUCUUUUUCUUCUUCUUCUUCUUCGCCCAUAUACCUCCCAUGGGCGACGCCACCCGAUCCCUCGAGGCUUAGGGUUAGGCUUCCCCUCCCCCUUCCAUUUAUACUACCCUAAGCCUCCCCUCUUUCACCACCCAUGUCCCCCUCCUCCGCCCUCGACAUGCCUUGGUGGAAGAGCAGCAGCCACAACCAUAUCCUCUCCUCCUCCUCCUCCUCCUCGUCCGCCUCCCAGAGCACCGGCGGCCACCGUGGCAGCCGCAGGGACGUCCGAUUUUUCCCUUGGAGCCGCCGGCACCCCCUGCCCCGCCUCACCCGCCAGCGGAAGCUGCGCCACCUCACCGACGUCGAGAUCGACGAGUUGUCCCUCGACGAUCCCGCUGCCGUCUCGUUCUCCGCUCCCGUCUCCAUGUUCGCCAACAACCUCGAAGCCAUCCCCUCCCGGUCCGUGUCGUCGCCGUUGUUGCUCCCGCGCCCGCUCCCCCUGCCGGACGCCGCCGCCGCCACGCCGUAUCGAGAUUCGACCUCCGACCGGGGGCUAGGGUUCUCGCAUUCGAACGCCAUCGGCUUCCCUUUGCCCUCUCCAUUGAGGGCUUCUAAGAGGGCGGAGGGUGACGACGGGAAUGGCGUAGCUGCCGAUCCCACGUCUUUCGUAUCUGCGUUUGGGAGUAGGUUAGCUUACCAUACUAAUUACAGUAGUCCAGAUCAAGUUGGCAUAUCAUCAAAUAAAUCAACUAUUAGUCACAGGAGGAAGGUGUUCCAAGAUCCAAAUUCUUCUGAAACUAUGAAAUUUAGGUUGAAUAUUCCUGCUAAAAGUGUUCCAGUCAGCCAGUUCUCAAGUCCUGUUACUAGUCCUGUUGCCAGUCCUCGGAGAUUUAGUGAUGUAGACUUCUCAGCUUCUCCCAUUGGGUUUCCAGGGCUUCAGAUGUGGUCAGCACCAGAGAUCUCUUCCAAGGGUAUGAUGGCAGUUUAUCCUUCACGCACUUCACCUGAGAAGACAAUGUACAGUCCUGAACGUUCUCCACUUUGUAGUCCAAGAACUAAAAGUCCUCUAUUAAGAUCUACAAAUCCUAGUGCACCGCCAUCUCCCGUGCAGACAAAGUUGUUUGCAGAGAGCCCAACUGCAUGGCAUGAAAAUGGUGGUAGUGUCAAUGUCCAUCCACUGCCUCUUCCUCCUGGGGCCUCACCUUCUUCACAGUCAAACUUUGGUCAUCAGAGUGCAGCAAAAACAGAGGUAUCACUGAAGGCAAAUCAUUGGCAGAAAGGAAAACUUAUUGGAAGCGGAACAUUUGGAACCGUUUAUGAAGCCACCAACAGACAUAAUGGUUCUUUAUGUGCAAUGAAAGAAGUUAAUAUAAUUCCUGAUGAUGCCAAAUCUGCUGAAUGUUUGAAACAAUUGGAACAGGAGAUAAAGUUUCUUAGCCAAUUUAAGCAUCCAAAUAUUGUCCAGUACUAUGGGAGUGAAACAAUUGAGGAUCGUCUUUACAUAUAUCUAGAAUACGUUCAUCCUGGUUCAAUUAAUAAAUAUGUUCGUCAAUAUUGUGGAGCUAUGACAGAAUCAGUGGUGCGCAAUUUUACUCGUCAUAUUCUCAAUGGGCUGAUUUACUUGCAUAGUAAAAAGAUCAUGCACAGAGAUAUUAAAGGAGCUAAUUUGCUUGUUAAUGUAAAUGGCGUUGUUAAGCUAGCUGAUUUUGGGAUGGCAAAGCAUUUAAGUGGAGCAGCACCCACUCAUUCAUUAAAGGGUUCACCAUUUUGGAUGGCUCCAGAGAUGUUGCAGGCUACAAUGAAUAAAGAAAUUGGUUAUGAUCUUGCUGUUGAUAUUUGGAGUUUAGGCUGUACCAUCAUUGAGAUGUUCACAGGGAAGCACCCAUGGAGUGGUCUAGAAGGGCCUCAAGCUAUGUUUAAGGUCUUGCAUAAAGAUCCACCAAUACCUGAAACAUUGUCCAACGACGGCAAGGACUUUCUUCAACGUUGCUUUCGUAGGAACCCUGCAGAGAGACCAACUGCUAACAUGUUGCUUGAGCAUCCUUUCGUUCGAAACUCCCACCAUUACAGUAUUCAUGGUUCUCUCCAGGCUUUUGCAGGGAUUAAACUUGAUAAUACAUUUAGCCCUGGAGAUAGAGGUAAAUCAAAAAGCGAGCCAAAUGUGAGAAGGAAACAUAUGCCUAAUGGUGAGAACAAUCAAUCUCAUCCUGAAAUCCCUGAGUUAGCAGUCUCCCGUCUUUCUUCUCGUACUGCCGUCGAAGUUUUCCCUAGCUUGUCUCCUCCUCACGCAAGUAAUGCUUCAUUAAGUCCAGUUGGCUCCUCAGCGAACACACAGAAUGGUGUUCAACUGGGUGCUGCAAACUUUCAGCCCUAUGCAUUACCCAAACGUUAAUGGCAAGGAAGAGAUAAAUCCCUUUUGAUAUAGAGUGUUGGAUACUUGCCCAGCGGGUGUAAGGAAUGCUAAUUUAGUUUGAUCCCCAGGUUUAGAAGACUAACAGAAGUAACUGAGGUCAUUUAAACAUUGGUGGAGCUGAGAUGUAUAGUUGAUCGUAUGCGAUCACAUUAUUCCUCCUUUUUGUUUUCUCAAUGUUCUCCGAAUCGAUUUAUUCUUCCAUUACUUUGGUGAUACAAGGUCUGUCAUUGCUUUUGGGAAUCUGAAGUGAACAGGAAGCCUUUUAUUGUUGACUCCCUGGAUGUGUUAAAGAUCUACAUCCAGGGGUCCGUCGAUGACACUUAUGUUGUAUAAUACUGUGUCCAUGUCAGGAUCAUAAAUCAAGUGUAGAUGAAUUCCUUCA